GAGGGCGGGGCGCCAAGAGCCUAGAGUGAGAGGCGGGCAGCCGGGUGCGGGGCACCUGGGGGCGGAGCCAGCCCGGCCGCCGAUAGGAGGGAUGUCCGGGGGCGGGACCAGCUCUCAGCCGAGGGGCGGGGCACCUGGGCGAAGCCAGCUUGUGGCCGUGGGCGGGGUAGAGCGCCGGAGGGUCCAGCGGAGACGCUGUGCUCGGUGAGUCUGGACGCACCGGCGUGGGCAUGCACCUUCUCUCUGGACGGUCCAGGACAGCCACGCUGCAGGCAGUGAGCACUGUGCCCGCUCGUGAUAACCCUUCCAGGAGUUUCGCCAGCGGCCUCACAGCAAAGAAGGGAAAAUGGCUUGUUUGGAGCAUUCUUUCCACAUGCCAGAUCUACAGGAACUUGCCGGAGUUCUGCAGAAGGGACUAAAAGCUAACUUUGCUGACGUCCAGGUCUCUGUGGUUGACUGCCCUGAUCUGACCAAGGAACCAUUUACCUUUCCGGUAAAAGGAAUCACUGCUGACGAUGCAUGGGGGACCAUAUGGGAUGCCAGGGAGAACCCAGGCAUCUGUGGGAAAACUAGAAUUGUAGAAGUAGGAGGUGUGCCAUACUUAUUGCCACUUGUAAAUAAGAAAAAGGUUUAUGACGUAAAUAAGAUUGCAAAAGAAAUCAAGCUUCCUGGAGCAUUUAUUCUUGGAGCUGGAGCAGGCCCCUUCCACACUCUCGGUUUUAAUUCUGAGUUCAUGCCAGUUAUUCAGACAGAAAGUGAGCACAAAUCUCCUGUAAAUGGAAGUUACAUCGCUCGUGUUAACCCAGCAGAUGGAGGGUGCCUGUUAGAGAAAUACAGUGAGAAGUAUCAUGGUUUUGGAUGUGCAUUACUGGCUAAUCUUUUUGCCAGUGAGGGACAACCCGGAAAGGUCAUUGAGGUGAAAGCCAAAAGAAGAACUGGGAAACUUAACUUCGUGACCUGCAUGAGGCAGACUAUUGAAAACCAUUAUGGAGAUAAGCCUGUAGGGAUAGGAGGUACUUUCCUAGUCCAGAAGGGAAAAGUGAAGACUCACAUCAUGCCUGCGGAGUUCUCUUCCUGUCCACUGAACUCUGAUGAAGCAGUGAAUCAGUGGCUGCGUUUUUAUGAGAUGUCAGCUCCUUUGGUUUGCCUGCCAGUGUUUGUCUCCAGAGACCCAGGGUUUGACCUGCGGCUGGAGCACACGCACUGUUUCAGCCACCAUGGAGAAGGUGGGCACUACCAUUACGACACCACACCGGAUACCGUGGAGUACCUGGGCUAUUUCUCACCCGCAGAGCUUCUCUAUCGUAUAGAUCAGCCAAAAGAGACCCAUUCAUUCGGGCGAGAUUAAAUCAGCUCAUACUUUAGAAAAAGAAAUAAUUAACCAAAAUGAAUGAACUGAUUCACUCAUCAAUACUGAUUGAUAGAAAUGAUCUCACUACUUAAACCCAAUUCUUUUGCCUUUUGUUUGGUUCUUUGGGUCAUACCUGUUUCAGGGAUCAGUAUGGCAGUACUUGAAGACCAUAUGGGGUGCUAGAGAUUUAACCCAGGUCAGCAAGCGUCUACCAGCUGUACUAUGGCUCUGGCCCUCUUUUGCCUUUUACAUGAAAUGUAUUAAUGAUGUUGGGCUCCUACUUUAAAAGUGCAUCUAAGGGGGCUGGAGCAAUAGCAUAGCAGGUAGGGCGUUUGCCUUGCAUGUGGGCAACCUGGGGUCCCCCAAGCACCACCAGGAGUAAUUCCUGAAUAGAGAACCAGGAGUAACCCCUGAGCAUCGCUGGGUGUGACCCAAAAAAGCAAAAAAAGUGCAUCUAAGGAAAUUACUGAAAACAAAAGAAUUGAAAAAUUCCUCAAUCGUUAAUUCUAUUGUAAUAGAUCAGGUUUAUGUUUAUACAGGAAUUACGAUUAUUAUCUAAUAGUAGCAAAUUACAUUUAACAUUUACAUUUUGAAGAUAGUCUAACAACUAAGUGGAUAUUUCUGAGUACAGUGGAAUCAGUGUUCAAAAUAUUGGUGAUCUUCAGAGUAUUUUUUGGCCCGGAGGAGCAGCACUGUGGGACCUUAUAGAACCAAGGUUGCACCUCCGCCACGCUCCUGCAUGGGAAGCAUCUAUCUCCCUAGCCCUAGAGUCAAAUUCUUAAAAUCUGAGGAUCUUUUAUUUUUUUUAUGGAAUAAGACAGUGAGAGGAAAUGACUAUAUUCCUCCCGAUGACACUAACCCUUCCACAGACACGAUUCUCCCUUCCUCGGAUGUCAAUAUCAAAGCAGUUUGGUGAUUAUUUGCAAGAGAAGGGAAAGAAAUAGCACCAAAGCACAAUAAAGUGUUUGAAUGUA